AUGGAGGUUCUCAGUACUGCGCCCGAAGAAUCCUCUUUCGUGCCCCUCGCAGAGCACCAAUCGCGGACCCCGAGCUCGUUCCACACCGGGCCCCCGGUGCUGUACUAUCACAGUCAGCGCUGCAAAGUGGUGAUUCUCGAGCGCGAUCUGGUCGCCACGCACGCCCUGAAUGCUCUGCGCGGCGAGGCCGCUUUAGCGAACGGGGCCAAUGGCGCAUCGUCUGGCGAAGCGCAGGACGAGGACGAGAAGGAGGUCGCCAUUGAAGCGGUGGAUACGUGGGUGACGUCCGACAAAUUCCUACUAUACUCACCCGCCACCUCUGCCGGCAUCUCAAUCCCCUACCCCUCGAUCUGCCUGCACGCCAUCCAGCGACUGCGCGUGCCAGGCACCGACACCGAAGUCCAGGGCCUGUACAUGCAGAUCGCAACACCGACAGCGCCGUCCGCCGACGAAGACGAAGAGCAAUGCAUCACAUUGACCGUCGUGCCGCCGCACGAACCUGGGUCCGUGGGCGGGAGCUCAGCAACAGUGGAAGCAACCACAGCAACCGUCGCCGAGCGCGCAACGCAAGACCUGAGUGACGCGCCCGAGGAAACCCCCACGCAGCUGCUGUACGACGCGGUGUCGGCAUGCUCGAAUCUGCACCCGGACCCCGUGGAGCCUGGCGACGAAGAAUAUGAGGACGAUGAAGUAGAGGGCGAGGCAGACGGAGAGGACAAGGUGCCCAGACACCGGACGCUCGAGGAGCAGGGAGAGGCGCUGUACCGGCUUGGGCGUGAGGCGCUUGAUUCGCGGAAUGAUUUGCCGCCGCCUGUGGCGGGCAGUUCUGGGUGGAUUACCGCUGACAAUAUGCAUGAGUUCUUUGAUGAGGAAGGGAACUGGAUUGCUGGUGGGGAGCCGCCUUCGCUGCCGCUUGGGCCUGGGGCGGGUACCGUGCGGGCGCGAGAGGAGAAUGGGCAGACAGAAGAAAAUGGGGAGGGCGAGGAUGAUGAGACGAAGUGGCGGCGGACGGACUGA